AUGAAAGAGAAGAACGCAAACGACAAUACAAACAGAGAGAAAACCAAGAGAAGAGCUGGUAGAAACCCUAGCCUUGUAUUCUCCGUCUCCCUCCUGAAACCCCAAUCUUCUCUCCAUGUUUGCAUCUCUUUCUCUUCAAAUCUAGAGUUUCUUCGUUUCGAUCUUUCCUCUGAUUCAAUAUCUUCAAAAUCUACACCUUCCGAUCCAAAAAAACCAAUCGAUUUCGAACAUCGAUCGAGCGAGAUCUAGGGUUUCUCUGUCUCGCAUCCGAGAUAUGUUUGAUGAAAAGGUUUGAGAAUCUUGUGUUUUUCGUGAACUUCUGAGGUGAUAAACGAGGACAUGUAUAGAGAACGAGGCGGUGGAUCGUCGAAAUCGGAGAUCGUGGGGGGUCCGCUCGAUCGAAAGCGGAUCAACGAUGCGCUAGACAAGCACCUAGAGAAAUCGUCCCCUUCGACAUCCAAGGGCCUGAGCAGCAAGGACAAAGAGAGGUUGUCGGUGCCGUCGACAUCAGCCGGAAAAUCGCAGCUCGACCACCGCGACACUCGCGCCGCGUCUCUCCCUAAGAACAAGUGCUCUGAUGAGGAAUCUGAAACUGACAGUGAAGAGUCAGAUGUCAGUGGUUCUGAUGGAGAUGACACAUCUUGGAUCUCAUGGUUCUGCAAUUUGAGAGGAAAUGAAUUUUUCUGUGAAGUUGAUGAUGAAUAUAUCCAAGAUGAUUUUAAUCUUUGCGGGUUAAGCAGUCAAGUUCCAUAUUACGAUUAUGCUCUUGACCUAAUUUUGGACGUUGAGUCCUCUCAUGGUGAUAUGUUCACUGAAGAGCAGAAUGAAUUGGUUGAAUCUGCUGCAGAGAUGCUGUACGGUCUUAUUCAUGUCCGGUACAUUCUUACCAGCAAGGGAAUGUCUGCAAUGUUAGAGAAGUACAAGAGCUAUGACUUUGGGAGAUGCCCAAGAGUUUACUGCUGUGGACAGCCCUGUCUUCCAGUUGGUCAAUCAGACAUUCCUCGUUCAAGUACUGUAAAGAUUUACUGUCCCAAAUGUGAAGAUAUAUAUUACCCUCGAUCCAAGUACCAAGGCAAUAUUGAUGGAGCUUACUUUGGAACCACAUUUCCUCAUCUAUUUCUGAUGACAUAUGGUCACCUGAAGCCACAGAAGGCAGCGCAGAGCUACGUCCCAAGAGUAUUUGGCUUCAAGAUCCACAAGCCAUAAUGCUGGAGCUGUACGAUGCAUUCUGUGUUGAGAUCUCCCAUUCCCUAUCCAUCAGUGGUGGUCCCCUUCUUCCGUCUGCUGAAAUACAAGUGGUUCUAACUCUCCUGGUAAAGGUGCAGUAGUUUCAAAAGUGUUACAAAAUUAAUUCAUCAGUGAAAAUGUCUAAAAUGCAAGGUGGUGUAUCUGUUGAGCAUAUGCAGCUUUCAAAUUUAUUCAUGAAUUUAACAGAGCCUUUGUAAACUUAUUUUCUUAUCUCCUAUUUCCCUUUUUUUCUUUUUCUUUUUUUUGGUGGGUUAACAUUUGUUUGAAGUGCUUUGCACUGUAGUUCUUGAUUUUGCCUCCCCUUUCUUUAAUCAUUGAGAGCACAUAACAAUAUUAAGUCAUCACUUGAAGACAGCUCCAUAAAUUCCAACAGGGUACCCAUGUCUGUUAGAUUCAAAUUUCUUUGAUGCCAGUAUUUGCAGUGUAGAGACAUAUAUACAUGUAGAGGAUGAUUUGGCUCUUUGUGUUUGCUUCA